CGCACAAGCACGCAGGUGGCCGGGGUUCGAUUCCCCGAUCGAGAGCACAACUUUCUACUUUUUGUUCGUUCGUGCAUUUAUGAUAUUUGAGAUAUUCAUGUGUAAUUUCAUUUAUCACGCAUUUUUGACAUGUGAAAAUAACGUGUUUUCGGCAUUGAUAUGCAGCUUUAAAUGAUUGUGGUUAUCGCUAAGUGGUCAUGUGACUUGGCGUCAUGUUCUUGUGAGGGGCAAGACGCGCCCUUUGCAUGACAUCGCGUGGUGAGUCAAGACUUUCCCUAGCAUUAUUUUACUUUCAAAAACAUACCUACUGCAGCAAUUCACCAAGCACAUAUCUUGCAUAUAAGGUACCUAGCAGUUAUCUAGACUUCUGGCUAAGCCCGCAUUAUUUCGAACUAUCGAAAUAAACGAAAUAGUUAUGGCCGUGGGAAUUAAACGCAAGCGCGUGGGCGAGGCACAAGAAUCUUCAGUAUCACUACCUCAGAAGACCAUAAAGUCCGCGUCUGAAGCCGCGACACCAGUAAAGGUUAUAUCCGUACCCGAAGCCAUGGAACCGCAACUCCAGCGCAUAGCAGCAUCGAACCGCACGCCGUUUGAAAAGAGAGUGUGGACCUCCCUCUGCCAGAUCCCCCGCGGCCACGUCUCGACCUACGGGCUUCUCUCCGCGCAUCUAAAAUCCUCGCCCCGCGCUGUCGGCAACGCGCUGCGCCGCAACCCGUUCGCGCCGCAGGUGCCGUGUCACCGCGUCGUGGCGACGGGCGGCGCGCUCGGUGGCUUCAAGGGCAAGUGGCCGCGCGACGGCGAGGGCAUCACCAUCGAUGAGAAGCGCAGGCUGCUGCGCGCUGAGGGGGUUAGGAUUGAUGAGAGGGGUAGGGUGCUCGGGACGCCGUGGGCUGGGUUUGUUUAGGUGGUGAGGC